UCAACUAUUCGUGCUUAAUAGACGCACUGAAUUUUCUUCAUAUCGUUUACAGGAUGCAAGGCCUCUUAUGAGAAAAAUUAUACGAGGGUAAUAGACGCGCUCCGUGAGAGGCCAUGCAUUCUUAAGACACGCGGAAUAAAUUCAGCUUGUCUAUUACGCUCGUAUAGUUGGGGCCCAAAGUGUUAUCUUAUUGGUUAUCCUUGUACCAGAAAAAUUUUGAAUAUAUGAAAGGGUGCUAAGAGGAAAUUUGAAUAUAUGAAAGGGUACUAAGAGGAAAAUUAUGUAGUACAAGAAGGGAAUUGUUCAGUAUUGACUGCAGAAACUCCUCAAAAAAUUAAUAUUCACAUCAAAUUAUUCAUUUUGGUUUUGUUUCAAGCCAUUUUGAAAUAAUAAUCUAAUGUAUUUACUUUCCCAAGUUCCUAUCAAUGACAGAUUUGUCCAAUAUUUUGGAUUAGAUGGAUUCCUGCAGCUGUUGACAAGUGCAUGGAUUGUUCUGUUCAUUCCUGAUAAAUUUGGCCUGAUUAAUAACAUUAUAUAGAAGCUUGAGGACAUGAGUGCACAAUCAGACUUGGUGUUGACAAUCUUCACCUUAAAUGUUUGGGGAAUCGCAUUGGUGUCGAAAGACCGCAGUCAGAGAAUAGAAGCAAUAGCAAGCGCCUUGUCCAGUGGUCGUUACGACGUGGUUUGCCUGCAAGAGGUGUGGGUAGCAGCCGACUAUGAAAUAAUUAAACAUGCCACCAUAAGUGUUCUGCCUUAUUCGCAUUACUUCUACAGUGGCGUGACAGGUUCAGGUCUGUGCAUAUUCUCAAGAUGGCCGAUCGAAGACAUAAUGUUCCACCAGUGGCCUGUCAAUGGCUACGUCCAUAAAAUAUUUCAUGGCGAUUGGUUUGGGGGUAAAGGAGUCGGACUCUGUCACAUAUCCACCAAUGGCAUACAUAUCAACAUCUACACCACACAUCUGCAUGCCCAAUACGACGUGCAUGACGACGAGUACUUAGCACACAGAGCGGUGCAAGCAUUCGACACGGCGCAAUUCAUCCGGUUGACGGCAGAUGGCGCGCAUGUCUCACUGCUGGCGGGAGAUUUGAACACGCAUCCGGGCAACCUGUGUCAUCAGCUGAUCCAACACUGCGCCCAGCUGGAGGACACCUUCCACCGACAACCGGCCGAAAACCAGACCGGCACUUUCGACUGCGCGCGCAACAGUUAUGCCGACAAGAACAAUGUCAUGAAGAACCCAAACGGCGAGAGGAUCGAUUACAUCCUAUACAGAGGUGGCCUCAAUGCACAGGUUGAUGUGUUGGAGUACUCCAUGCCGCUUGAGUCGCGGGUACCGGAGCGGGACUUCAGUUAUUCUGAUCACGAAGGCAUUGCGGCUACAAUCAGGGUUACACCGCAGUCGCCUGAAAUCUCAAUGCCCUCCUGCUAUAUAAAGGACAGAGGCGCUAUAGCGGCUACCCUGAAGGCGGGUAUCACAACCUGUGCGGACGCACUGAACAAACUGGCCCACGACAAGGUGUGGUACUGGGGGGUGGCCGGCUCACUUCUCGUUUCGCUCUUCUCCAUUCCCGCGUUCACCGAAAUCCCCGUCACCUACAGCCGCACCUACCAGAUCACCCUGGUGGGCACUUCGGGAGUUAUAUUCUUCGCCAUGGUUAUGGCCACCAUAUGGAACCGCAUGGAGUACAAUGGUAUCCUGGGUGGACAGAUGCGAAUGCAGGUCGUGCUUGAUCGGGUCACUGAUUCCAAUGACGAAGUUGAGAAGAUGUCGAUGACAACCAGCUCUAGCAAUACGUUGCUCACCCAGCCUUUCAUCGAGAGUUGAAUAAUGCUUCACCCAAUUGAUACAUGAUUACUCUUUUUGGUUAUAUUUUUUAAUCAUUAUACAGCUCUGUUGGAUUUAUUAUAUUGUAACCUAUUGUAAAAAUUGAGGUCGAAGUGGAUCAAAGUGCUAAUUGAAUAUUAUAAAAUGAUACUGAAAAUGCGA